AUGCGAGCUUCUUCUUCUUCGUCUUCUAACUCACUUGCUGCAACCAGUUUGAGCAAUAGACUAAAGACCAUCUUCAAGAAAGCUUCCGAGCUUUCUAUCCUGUGUCAAGUUGCGGUUAGUGUCAUCUAUUACGGACCAAACGGUGAAUUGAAAACAUGGCCUAAAGAAAGAGAGGCAGUGAGAGACAUGGCCUUAAAGUAUAAGGCGGCCACGAAACGCAAGAAGAGCUCCAAUCUUCGUGAUUUCUUGGAAGGCAAGUUAGAUAAUGAUAAGAAUUUGAAGAAGAAGAAUAAUAAGAAGAAGACUAAGAGAGAGUUGGAGAAUGUUAAGUAUCCAGAUUGGUAUCCAGUUCUUGAUAAUUACUCUCCCGACCAGCUACAUGAACUGGUUCUGUCCUUACAAGGGACACUCUCUACUAUGGAGGAAAGGAUUCAUUUACUUGAGGAGCAAAAACAGAAGAACACAAACUUGGUUCAGCAGAAUUGUCAUGAUCAAUAUCAGACAGUGCAACCCUUGAACCCUAGCCAGUACUCUCUGUAUCUGUUUAACCGUGACGAUGCUACUCUCUCACAACUCCCACUCUCUUCAUCACAUUCCAACCAACUCAUCAACUACCAAAAUCACUUGAGGAUGCAGCAGCAGAGGCUUUGCGUCUCUAACAAGGAAGAUCACCCAGCUUUACUUGCAGUGCAAGAUUCUAGGUUGAAGAAUCAGUUGAUGCAGCAGCAGGAGCUUCAUGGUUCUCAUCAUAACAUGUGUAUGAUAAGUAAUACAUCCAACAGUGACGCUCUACUACAUCCUUGUCCCUUAAACACAAUUCCAAAGGAGUUUUCUUUUGAUCUCCAGAAGAAUUCUAAUGGUGAUGUGGUAGGUAGACCUAAGUUCUCUCUAGAUUUUCCAAAUUUGUGUUUACCCUAUGAUGAGAGCCGUCAGCUUCAGAAAUCUUCUCAACCAUCUCUCCACCAAACCAUUCCUAACAUUAACCUUAUUCCUGACAACUCAAGAUGUCUCUGA